GCCCGACCUUGUAAACUCGCCCCAAGAGGCCCUAGCGGGUCACGUGAGUAAUGCAGUCAGGGGUACUCAGCCAUGCCAGUCGCCAGGUCUUCGCGACAAUGCGAGCGUCCCGGAUCUUCUUGGGCGCCACUGUCGUCGUUUCAGUCGUCCUCCUGUCCUUGGCCUUCGUAGACCGCUGGUUCAGAGUACCGUCAGCGGUAACCCGUGCCCCAGCCGGUUCACGGUUCCUGUUCCCGGCGGGAGAGGAGCAGAGGACGCCCGGCAGGACACCGGACACGCAGCCCGGCACCCUAGCGGGGCCGAAAGAAGGGAGAACGGCCCAGGAAGACCACCACAAUGCAGAGAAAGUCCAGAGAGACAGAAAGGCUGUUCUGGAGAGAGUGUGCAAUGUUUCCCUGCCAGGAUUCGUCCCUCCACUGUCCACAUGGCAGCUUGGCCACAUCAUUGUGGAUGACCAACAUAAGAUGUUGUACUGCUUCGUGCCCAAAGUGGCCUGCACAAACUGGAAAAGGGUCAUGAUCAAACUGCGACACCCAGAGAUAGAAAAACCUCAAGACAUAUCCCCACGCGACGCACACGAGACAUACGUCCUUCCCUCCUUGAAGCGAUAUUCGCCGGAAGCGGUACAAUACAGACUAGACAACUACUUCAAAUUCAUGUUCGUGAGAGACCCGAUGGAAAGAUUGCUAUCAGCAUACAUCAACAAGUUUACUAUGCCGUAUAACCUGAAGUUCCACCGAUUGUACGGUACCAAGAUUAUCAGUCGUUUCCGUGAGAAUCCGAGCAAUUACUCUCUGCAGAGAGGGGACGAUGUGAUGUUUAAAGAGUUUGUAAAAUACCUACUGGACCCAAAGGCACAUGGGCCACAGCUCAACGAACACUGGGACCACUAUGUCAACUUGUGUCACCCUUGCCGCAUACACUAUGAUGUAAUCGGCAAAUACGAAACUCUAGACCAAGACGUCGACUACGUCUUACAAAAAGCGGGUGUCGCCGAUAUUGUCCAGUUUCCGCCAAAACCGAAAAAGGCGCAAACAAGCACAUCUCAGUUACUGGACGAGUACCUAGAAGAAAUUGGACACAAGGAAGUUUUAAGAUUGCACAACAUGUACAUCUUGGACUAUUUGAUGUUCAACUAUAGUCUUCCAAACUUUCCUGGUGAAAGAUAAUGAGGAGAGCCUGCAAUGUCUUUAAUCAAUUGCAGAUGCUGAACUAGAAGGCUGAACUUGAAGAAGAUGUUAAUAUUGUUUUAAAACUUGAUGGUCAUUUGUACAUGUGUUGGUAAUAGAAAAAUAGCUUAACGCUGAAAAUAAAUUCUCUUUUAAAGGGGCAUCAUGUAACAUUUUUGCACCAAUAAUUGAAAUAUCUUACGUAAAAGACACACAUUCGUGUGAUUGUAAUUUACUUCCUUUUUUCAACAUAUUUGUGCAAUUAUCUCACAUUUCUGUCAUUUAUGGCACUAAAACAGCCCACACCAGGCGGACUCAUAUUGUGUUGCCAACACAAACUACCAGAAUGUAAACAAACAUGGCUGACCGCUGUGUUUCCAGCUUUUAAAAACACUCAUAUUUUGGCACCUCCACUUC